GUGGCUGGGCGUGCUGGCUUUCAUUUGGAAUGUUUCUGUAGCACUCCUGCCUUGGCAUUGCCCCUCGCCCUCCUGUCGUCUCUCUUCUUUCCUUCGUGGACUCUGAUGAGGUGUGUAAACCAGAAGUAAUUGAGACAGGUCUCACGCAAUUCAAAAAGUUUCUUUAGCCAGGCAUAAGGACGUGCCUGUGACAGCCUCAGGAGGUCCUGACAGCAUGUGCCCAGGGUGGUCGGGGCACAGCUGGUUUUACACAUUUUAGGGGACAGGAGACGUGCAUCAGAGUGUGGAAGAGGAACACUGGUCCCGUCCAGAAAGGCGGGACAAUCAGAGUGCGGGGCUUUCAGAUUGUAGAUGGAUUUAAACAUUUUCUGGUUGGCAGCUGGUUGGAGGAGUUAUUAUCAAUACAAAGGCAUGUCUGGAUUAUGAUAAGGGGUUGUGGAGACCGAGGAUUCACCAUGCAGAUGAAGCCUCCGGGUGGCAGGCUUCGGAGGGAAUAAACUGAAAUGUUGCUCAUCAGACUUAAAGAGGGUGCUGGCAGCAAUCCCAAAACGGGGGAGAGUGUCAUGAGGCACGUCUGGCUCCCACUUCCCAUCGCGACCCGAGCUAGUUUUUCAGGUUAAUGUUGGAAUGCCCUUGGUUGGCAGGUGGGUGUGGGGGGGGGUCCAUUCAGAUGGUCGGGAGCUUAGAGUUUUAUUUUGGGUUUACAGGUGUGUGUUAGCAUAUCUCCCUCUGUCCUUCCAGUCCCCUAACCUCUCCUGCUUUUUGUGUCUUACCUUCAUGUGCUGUAUCCUGGGUUAUUUCUUCAGUGCUCUUUUACUGUUCACAAAUUCUCUCUUCAGCUUUAUCUAUUAAUACUUGAUUAGUUAACUCAUUCAUUUAGUUUUAAAUUUAAAUGAUGACAGUUUUGUUUCUACAAGUUCCAUUUGGAUCAUUCAGAUCCAUGUGACACUUCUAAUGGUUAUUAAUAGUAACAGCUGAGACAUCUGUUUUCUUUCUUUCUUAUUCUUGCUUCCAGAGCGUGUGGGCUUUUCGAUCCCCCUUUGGCAGAUGGAAAGCUAAGGCACAGGGAGGUUGAGGAGGCCACCUAGGGCUGCACAGUCACUAAGUGACAGGACCUGGUGGCCACUUGCUCCAGCCUGACCCUGGAUAACCUCUGUUGUUUCUUCGAGUGUGCUUCACAUGUGUUUUGGGUCAGUGCCUGAUUUUCCUACAAUUGAGGUCUUUCUGGAGCUUACUCCCGACCCCCGUGGUUCUUGACUGUGACUUUAUGCCCAUCCUUCUUGGAUGUUGUUUUGAGGUGGGUAGCGUGUUCCUCUAGAGAGGGUUUCUGCCUUUUUCUGCCUGGUGCUGGGAGGUGCCGCCUGGGACCUGCCUGUGUUUGCAGGUGCCAGGGAUGCUUGUCAGGCCUCCUGGGUUGUCUGAAUUCUCCCCAAACCCUUGUGAGGGGUCUGUGAUGAUGAGCUCUGAGGGGAGUCCUCUCUCAAUCUGACCCUUCUAGCCAGCACCAAGCCCAGGCCCGGAUGUGUCCCUUGGAGGCCUGUCUUCUGGCUUCCCCUGCCAAGGGAGCUGCAGCCCCUCCCCCACACUCACAGGGACAGUGCAGUGGGUACGUGGCAGUGCCGCUGGCCGUCCCCAGGGCAGGCCCUGGGCUCUGGGCUGGCUUUUGUGUUUGAUUUGCCCUGCCUGAGUCUGUGUUUGGAGUGUAUUCCUCACUCUUCAGCCAGCUCAGCCUAUGUAUCGUUUGAUGUCUCUGAAAGUGCGUGUGCUGCCAUAUUGCCAGGCCUGGAGGCUUUUGUCUUCCUUUCUGUCACCAGUGCUGCAGGUUGGCUUUCUUUUGAGGCCCUUGUCUUCAUAAGAAACUUGCUCUGUGUACGUAGCUUCCAGCAGACAGUCUGGGAGAUCUGGAGGUCCAGAGGUGCCAGGGCCUGACCGGCCGUAUUUGUAAGCGGCGUGGAAAACUGAGGUGACUCCUGCUAUCACCUGUCAUGAGGUUAGUAAGAGUCCGGACUGCGAUAUCAGUGUGCAGUGGGACGGCCAGCCCCCGACUGGAGGAGCAGACCCAUGGGCAGCGUGAGGACGCUUGGUUCUAGUCCAGAUCUUCACACUCCUCAGGGAGGAGGCCGUUUCCAGCCAGUGAGUGUCCCUUGGGUUUCUCCUCAAAGCCCCUUCUAAAAUUAGUGCCUGGCUGGGGCAGGGACAUUCACAUCAGCGCAUUUUGUCAAGUACCUCUGUUGCUUUCCAUUAAGAGCAUAUUUAAAAAUAUGAAUUGAAUUGAGGCAGAAGCUGGCUGUACUGCUGAGAAGGUCUGUGUGCUGGUGAGAGGCACGGGAUGGAGCCCAAGCCUGGGUGAAGCUCCCCAGCCGGGCACACCCAGCGCCAGGCUGCCACCUCGACUCCCUGCUCUGCAGGCUACAGCCCACACCGCGUCUGCCUCCCGUCGGCAGCCAUGGUGGGGAGCGAGGGCCUGAGAACGCCUCCUGCCCACCGUCCCCACCUGGCAGAGCUGGAGCAGCCUUCAGAGGCCCUGGGGCUCCCUCUACAGAUAAAGACACUGGGAACGUGUCCUGCCCACGAGCAGCAGGUUCCCUCUCUGCGUGCCAGGCUGGUCUGCUGGCACCAUGACAGCUGGGCCACCCCCACAUCUGCCCUUGGCGCCGCGGCACCAUCGAGGGGAACGCCUUGGAAGACCCACGGGAAGAUCAGCUUCAUAGCCCUGGGACAUGCUGGCAGAAACAGCAGGGACGUUGCUCAAGAUGCAGGUUUCCGUUUUUGUGAAGACAGGUGUGGGCAUUUUCGUUUAUUUGGGUGCAUAGAGGAAAGGUGACUCGGCUUCUGUAGCCCAACAGCCCGUGCUUAGCGUUUGCCUUAGGACGGAGGACAGUGGGGUACAUUUUCCUCGUGAAUUUGACUACCUGGCUUUGGCCUCCUUUCCAACGGAUGAGGAAGGAAGGGCCUGACAUGGAAGUGUGUGCAUGCAUGUCCUGUGUGUGGGCUCCUGGGCUACCGUGCAGCUGGGGGUGGGCAGGAGGCCUCCCCACGGUGGUCAGUUUCCCCCUCGUCUUCCUGUCGGGUGCUAGGAGCCAUGGUGAUAGUACCGGGGUCUCAGUUGGGAGGGGCAGCAUUUACUGUGUGGCACAUGUGGCUGGCCGGCCUGGUGCCUGCCCUGCCCGGGGUGCCCCGGCCCACCCGCCCCGCCUUCCAGCUUGCGGUGUGGUAGGUGGGCCCCUUGGCAUCCAGUGCUCCGUGAUGGUGACUGUGAUGCAUGCCAUCACCGCAAUUCCUCAGGUCUAAACUGAGAGGAUGUAGUUUUGAUUUUUCUUGACUUUCGAUUUUUGGGUAAGGCUUUGAGUGGGCAUUCUUCUGUCUCCCCUUCCUCCUGUUAGUCUAGGGCCCCCGGGAACCACAGAGCCCCAGCUCUGGGAGGAGCCCUUUCUGAGCUCUUCCUUCACAGGGGAGUGCUCAGAGCUGCCUGGGGGCUGCCCAAGGCCGCUUAGGUCAAGGACCCUGCUGGCUGCGGUCCAGACUGCUCCCUGCUGUGUCACCGUGAGGAAGCACCGCCAUGUCACUGUUCACUGUUAUUUUAGCACCUGCUGUUAAAAAGCCUCAGCAUAGGAAUUUCGUGUAAGAAUGUAGUUUAAAAUGUGCUUUGUAAUGUUUGUUUAGAACAGAAACUUGAAGUUCUGUAAGAAAUGGAGUCCCCUUUGUGUGAUUUUGGAGGGGCUGGGCUGUCCUUGCCUGCCCUGGGUCACAGUGUCCCCUCCCCCGUGAAGUAAUGACAGGGACCUCCAUUCCUGCAAAGUCCUCAGUAGCCAGUGCUGUUUUCUAUCAUAAAUCUGUCAUCUUCAACUGGAUGGUGUAACACUCGGAUUCCACAUUUCCCGGAUGUUCGGAAAGAACUGCCAGGAGUUAGGCGUUCUGCGGAUCGGGACAGCUGACGCCACUGAGAACACUUCAUCCACUGUUUGCACGGCACUGGACACAUGCUACCCGGCCUCACGGUCCGCCUCGGGUGUCUCUGGGCUCAGUGCCUGCUUGUGCCACACGCCUCGGUGCCAUGCAAGACCAACGUGCCCGUGACACAGCAAGGGACACGCGGAGUCCAGGCCAUCCCCCCGGGCCCAAGGCUACAGGGCUCUGCCCCGGGGCUGCAGAGCAGGCACCUUACUCUGUGGGAAUUUAAAGUGCCUCUGAUGCUGCUUGAGCCCACAAAGGCUCACAGGCCUUCUAGGCACCUAGUAAUGCCGGAGUGGAAGCACAGGUAGCCGAGAAGGCCUGCCUGUCAGACCGUGACCACGCGGAUCUCAGCAGCAUGUUUAAAAGGCGCUCUUGGCGAGCAGUUUAGGAAUUGCGGUGCUGCCCUAGCUUAGUAUUAGGGCUCCAGCAGGUUAACGUCAGGGUUCAUUUUCUUAAAUGGCCAGUGGCCGUGGGUUGUAGGUCAUGGCUAACCUGGCACAGGGCAGCAAAGAUCCAGUGUCAGGUCCAGGGGAAGGGUCGAAGCCUCUGAGCGGUGUGUUUGUAUUGGAGGGAAGUGUUGGACAUUGAGUGAGGCCCCGCUGCACUCAGCCUCCCUGGCCUGCCUCCCCUGCGGGCAGUGGAGGCCUCUUGGAGUCUGUUCUCUCUUCUCAGCUGUGCCCUCUUCCUUUGCUCCUUGUGUAGAUGACACUAUGAGAAAGAGACAGCACAACUGUCCUCAGGGAAGGAUGCCAGAUGAGGAGGCCAACAGUUUAAUUCAGGGGCAUUUUCAAGAAGCCCCACACCGUCGUGAGUCCUGCCAGCCCUGCUUGCUGAGCCGGGCUUUGGGCCUACCUGGUUGGCACUAGGGUCCUGGCCUUUCUCCGCUUUGGGGGCCUCUGUUUGCUUAUCCCAUUUGCAUGUUUGCCUUUACCCCCUGGGGGCAGAGGAGGGAGCACCUGAAAUCAUUCAGCUCUGCCAGCUCAGGGCUGUCCUGGGCCUGUGCUGUGUUCUUUCUGCCCGGCAGUCCUGCCCCAAGCAGCCUUGUGGAGGCAGGGCUCAUGGGAGGGGCCUUCCCUUGUCUCCACCGUGCUCUAGGGAGCAUCAUGCUCUCUCACAGACACACUGUGAGCGCUUUCUGCUGAACCUAGUCUGUGAAACGGUUCCUCUGCAGCGAACAUUCUCUAACCCUGGUUCAGGGAGGAGAGCGAAAUCCAGAAUCCGCGAAACACCAAUGCUGUCACUCCGAGUUGUUCUAUCUGCUGUCUGCGGAGCCCUGGACCGGACUCGGGGAACACCUGUGGCUUCCACCCACAUCUGGGGCAGACCAGAUCCCCAAGUCAUUGACAUGUUGGUUUUUCUACUGAUGACAUUGGCUUUGGCCAUGCUCUGUGCUAAUAAGACGUAUUAUGUCCUCACCCGCACUUCGGCAGAACGGUUCACCCAAGGCUAGAUGGCUGCCACAGACCAUUCCCCCAGCAGGGCGUCCUGGGUUUAGUGGUUUGAUUCUGACCACCUGCCACGCACAGAGCCCCUUAGCGGGUUCCCUAGCUGGAUGGCUAACCCUGCUGUGGAAUCUGGCAUUUUCUGGACCUGAGAGGAUGGGUUGCUCUGGAGAAAGUCCUCAGGCCUGUGCCUGAUGCUGGCUGGGGCUGCCCUGGCCACCCUCCCUCUGUGUCCCAUGGGACUGGGCAGCAGCAUGGGAGGGGGCAGCUUCCAAACACACUUCUGCUAGGGGCUCCUGGCCUCUGUGCUGGCAUGGCCACACCCAUGGCCUGAGUGUGCGGCUGGAAUGUUUUAUCAACACCAGUCCUCACAGCUUCCCCAGAUAAGCAAAGGAGAAGGGGACGGAGUGAGGGAGGUUGCUUCCCAUGAGGACCCCCAGCUCCCAGGAUGCUUGCUGGCGGCGUUCUGCCCAGGGUGGAGCCCAUGUGACUUGACCUCUGUCUUCUCCCUGGACCCCACGCUGCCCCUUGCUGGCAGGGGGUCCUGCACAUGUCUGCAAGACCAUAGCCUCCUGCCAAGUGAGGAGAAGCAAAUGCAGGCCAGGGCUAAAUUGUCCUUUCCUCCAACUUGGCAGUGGAGUGAGGAAGGAAGCAGGAGUAGCAGUGAGUUUAGUGGAAGGUGGCUGGGAGGCGGGGCCAGCGCCUCUCUUCCAGGGUGUCACUGUAAGCGCUGGGCUUAAGCCUCAAGUCAUCCAGCCUCUGCACUAAAUUUGGUUUGGUGAACGUUCGUGGCCCCGAAUGUAAACAGUGUUCUGGGCGUUCUUUGUGACUCUCCAGCCGAAACACUGCGGUGAUCUCCGGUAUCAUCUGCUUGUUAUGUAAUGUGACAACAUGGAUAUGAAAUAAAAACCAGAUGUCAGGGCGGAGCGGCUGAAUUCUUCCCCAGUGAGCACCGCCGGCAGAGCAGGGCUUGGGUUUCUCCUGAGUCGCGGUGCUGAACGCCCUCAGAAAAAUGCCUUUGGAGGGGCUUCGGGGAUUAAGUGAAAGUCUGGGCUGAAGAUGGACUUUCUGGCCGAGACCAGCCAGUGGAGCUGCUGAAUCCUGCCCGCGUGAACCACAUGCCCAGCACGGUGGACGUGGCCACGGCGCUGCCUCUGCAAGUGGCGCCCUCGGCAGUGCCCAUGGACCUGCGCCUGGACCACCAGUUCUCUCUGCCCGUGGCGGAGCCUGCCUUGCGGGAGCAGCAGCUGCAGCAGGAGCUCCUGGCCCUCAAGCAGAAGCAGCAGAUCCAGAGGCAGAUCCUCAUCGCCGAGUUCCAGAGGCAGCACGAGCAGCUCUCCCGCCAGCACGAGGCGCAGCUCCAUGAGCACAUCAAGCAACAGCAGGAGAUGCUGGCCAUGAAGCACCAGCAGGAGCUGCUGGAGCACCAGCGGAAGCUGGAGAGGCACCGCCAGGAGCAGGAGCUGGAGAAGCAGCACCGGGAGCAGAAGCUGCAGCAGCUCAAGAACAAGGAGAAGGGCAAAGAGAGUGCCGUGGCCAGCACAGAAGUGAAGAUGAAGUUGCAAGAGUUUGUCCUCAAUAAAAAGAAGGCGCUGGCGCACCGGAACCUGAACCACUGCCUUUCCAGCGACCCUCGCUACUGGUACGGGAAAACGCAGCACAGUUCCCUCGAUCAGAGUUCUCCACCCCAGAGCGGAGUGUCGGCCUCCUAUAACCACCCGGUCCUGGGAAUGUACGACGCCAAAGAUGACUUCCCUCUUAGGAAAACAGCUUCUGAACCGAAUCUGAAAUUACGGUCCAGGCUAAAGCAGAAAGUGGCCGAAAGACGGAGCAGCCCCCUGUUACGCAGGAAAGACGGGCCAGUGGUCACUGCUCUAAAAAAGCGUCCGUUGGAUGUCACAGACUCUGCCUGCAGCAGCGCCCCCGGCUCCGGGCCCAGCUCACCCAACAGCUCCGGGAACGUCAGCACCGAGAACGGGAUCGCGCCUGCCGUCCCCAGCAUCCCGGCGGAGACGAGUUUGGCGCACCGACUUGUGGCGCGAGAAGGCUCGGCUGCUCCGCUUCCCCUCUACACGUCGCCCUCCCUGCCCAACAUCACGCUGGGCCUGCCUGCCACCGGCCCUUCCGCUGGCGCAGCGGGCCAGCAGGACGCCGAGAGACUUGCCCUCCCCGCCCUCCAGCAGAGGCUGUCCCUUUUCCCGGGCACCCACCUCACUCCCUACCUGAGCACCUCGCCCUUGGAGCGGGAUGGAGGCGCAGCGCACAGCCCUCUCCUGCAGCACAUGGUCCUACUGGAGCAGCCCCCGGCACAAGCGCCCCUCGUCACAGACUGGUAUCUUUCAGGCCUGGGAGCUCUGCCUCUCCACGCACAGUCCCUGGUUGGUGCGGACCGGGUGUCCCCCUCCAUCCACAAGCUGCGGCAGCACCGCCCACUGGGGCGGACUCAGUCAGCCCCGCUGCCCCAGAACGCCCAGGCCCUGCAGCACCUGGUCAUCCAGCAGCAGCAUCAGCAGUUUCUGGAGAAACAUAAGCAGCAGUUCCAGCAGCAGCAACUGCACAUGAACAAGAUAAUCCCCAAGCCAAGCGAGCCAGCCCGGCAGCCGGAGAGCCACCCCGAGGAGACGGAGGAGGAACUCCGUGAGCACCAGGCUCUGCUGGACGAGCCCUACCUGGACCGGCUGCCAGGGAAGGAGGCGCAUGCACCAGGCGGCGUGCAGGUGAAGCAGGAGCCCAUCGAGAGCGACGACGAAGAGGCAGAGCCCCCGCAGGAGGUGGAGCCAGGCCAGCGCCAGCCCAGUGAGCAGGAGCUGCUCUUCAGACAGCAAGCUCUCCUGCUGGAGCAGCAGCGGAUCCACCAGCUGAGGAACUACCAGGCAUCCAUGGAGGCCGCCGGCAUCCCUGUGUCCUUCGGCGGGCACCGGCCUCUGUCCCGGGCACAGUCCUCACCGGCAUCCGCCACCUUCCCCGUGUCUGCGCAGGAGUCCCCCGCAAAGCCGAGGUUCACGACAGGCCUCGUGUAUGACACGCUGAUGCUGAAGCACCAGUGCACCUGCGGGAGCAGUAGCAGCCACCCCGAGCACGCCGGGAGGAUCCAGAGCAUCUGGUCCCGCCUGCAGGAGACUGGCCUCCGCGGCAAAUGCGAGUGCAUCCGUGGACGCAAGGCCACCCUGGAGGAGCUGCAGACCGUGCACUCGGAAGCCCACACCCUCCUGUACGGCACGAACCCCCUCAACCGGCAGAAACUGGACAGUAAGAAACUUCUAGGCUCACUGGCCUCCGUGUUCGUCCGGCUCCCCUGCGGUGGUGUUGGGGUGGACAGUGACACCAUCUGGAAUGAGGUGCACUCAGCGGGGGCCGCCCGUCUGGCCGUGGGCUGCGUGGUGGAGCUGGUCUUCAAGGUGGCCACAGGGGAGCUGAAGAAUGGCUUUGCUGUGGUCCGCCCCCCUGGACACCACGCGGAGGAGAGCACGCCCAUGGGUUUUUGCUACUUCAACUCCGUGGCCGUGGCAGCCAAGCUUCUGCAGCAGAGGUUGAGCGUGAGCAAGAUCCUCAUCGUGGACUGGGACGUGCACCACGGAAACGGGACCCAGCAGGCUUUCUACAGCGACCCCAGCGUCCUGUAUGUGUCCCUCCACCGCUACGAUGACGGGAACUUCUUCCCAGGCAGCGGGGCUCCUGACGAGGUGGGCACAGGGCCAGGCGUGGGUUUCAAUGUCAACAUGGCUUUCACUGGCGGCCUGGACCCCCCCAUGGGAGACGCCGAGUACUUGGCGGCCUUCAGAACGGUGGUCAUGCCGAUCGCCAGCGAGUUUGCCCCGGACGUGGUGCUGGUGUCAUCAGGCUUCGACGCCGUGGAGGGCCACCCCACACCUCUGGGGGGCUACAACCUCUCUGCCAGAUGUUUCGGGUACCUGACGAAGCAGCUGAUGGGCCUGGCUGGCGGCCGGAUUGUCCUGGCCCUCGAGGGAGGCCACGACCUGACCGCCAUCUGCGACGCCUCCGAAGCAUGCGUUUCUGCUUUGCUGGGAAAUGAGCUUGAUCCCCUCCCAGAAAAGGUUUUACAGCAAAGACCCAAUGCCAACGCUGUCCGCUCCAUGGAGAAGGUCAUGGAAAUCCACAGCAAGUACUGGCGCUGCCUGCAACGUGCGGCCUCUACGGCGGGGCGCUCUCUGAUUGAGGCUCAGACCUGCGAGAACGACGAAGCCGAGACGGUCACCGCCAUGGCCUCGCUGUCUGUGGGCGUGAAGCCCGCCGAAAAGAGACCAGACGAGGAGCCCAUGGAAGAGGAGCCGCCCCUGUAGCGCCCCCUCGAAGCUGCUGUUCUCUUGUCUGUCUGUCUCUGUCCUGAAGCUCAGCCAAGAAACUUUCCCGUGUCACGCCUGCGUCCCACCGCGGGGCUCUCAGAGCACCCAGGGACACCCGGUGUGCGACAGCCACGGGAAGCCUUUCUGCCGCCCAGGCCCGCAGGUUCGAGACGCACAUGCACACCUGGGCGUGGCGGCCUCACAGGGAGCACGGGACAGACGCUGCUGACGCGCAGACACACGGACACGCGCAAGCCAAGCACACUCUGGCGGGUCCCACGAGGGACGCCGCAGAAGAAAGCAGCCUGCGGCGACAAGCGGCCGAGCCGCCGAAUUCAGUUGACGCGAGGCACAGAAAAUGAAUAUCAAAGAUCUAAUAAUACACAACAAACUUGAUUAAAACUGGUGCUUAAAGUUUGAUUAUUACACACAACUCCACAGUCUCUGUGUAAACCACUCGACUCAUCUUGUAGCUUAUUUUUUUUUUAAAGAGAACGUUUUCUACGGCUGUGGCCUGCCUCUGUGAACCAUAGCAGUGUGCAGUGGUGGGGUCUGCACCCCGGUGGGGGACAGAGUGACCUUUAAAGAAGACAAAACUGGACAGAAACAGGAGUGUGAGCCUGGAGAAGCUGGCUUGAGAUUCUCAAAGCCAUCGGAAGAUGCAAGUUUGUGCCUUUUUUUUAUUGCUCUGGUGGAUUUUUGUGGCUGGGCUUUCUGAAGUCUGAGGAACAAUGCCUUAAGAAAAAAUAAACAGCAGGAAUUGGGGGGACAGUUUCCUGUGGCCAGCUGAGGCUGGCCGUGCCGGCCCCGCGAGCUGGCCUGAGCCCUGAGCUCGGGCACCAGCCGUCAUCUCCGGGGCCAGGGGCUGCAGCCCCCGGUCCUCAUUUUGCUUUAUUGCUGUUUAAGGAAAAUGGAGGUAGUUCCAAAAAAGUGGCAAAUCCCGUUGGAGGUUUUGAAGUCCAACAAAUUUUAAACGAAUCCAAAGUGUUCUCUUCUCACACAUCACAUAGCGAUUGAGCAUCUCCAUCUGGUCGUGAAGCAUGUGGUAGGCACACUUGCAGUGCUACGGUUGGAAUGCUUUUUAUUAAAAGCAAGUAGCAUGAAGUAUUGCUUAAAUUUUAGGUAUAAAUAAAUAUAUAUGUGUAUAAUAUAUAUUCCAAUGUAUUCCAAGCUAAGAAACUUGAUUCUUACGAAAUCUUGAUAAAAUAUUUAUAAUGCAUUUAUAGAAAAAGUGUGUGUGUGUGUAUAUAUAUAUAUAUAUAUAUAUAUAUAUAUAUAUAAAUGAAUGAAGAUUGCGAAGGUCCCUGUAAAUGAAUGACUUGUGAAUUUGCUCUAAAGGUGCUUAUAGAAAGGGAUCCUGAUUGAAAUUCAUGUAUUUUCGAGCUCCAGAUUGGCUAGAUUUCAGAUCGCCAACACGUUCGCCACUGGGCAACUACCCUACAACUUUGUACUUUAAUUUUAAUUAUUUUGUAACAGAACCCCUUCUGUCUCCAAGCCUUCAUGCACAUAUGUACCUAAUGAGUUUUUAUAGCAAAGAGUAUAAAUUUGCUGUUGAUUUUUGUAUGAAUUUUUCACAAAAAAGAUCCUGAAUAAGCAUUGUUUUAUGAAUUUUACAUUUUUCCUCACCAUUUAGCAAUUUUCUGAAUGGUAAUAAUGUCUAAAUCUUUUUCCUUUCUGAAUUAUUGCUUGUACAUUUUUUUUAACUUUCAAAGGUUUUUUUAAUUAUUUUUGUUUUCUUGUUUAUUUUUGUACAGUGAGUUUUCUGCAGCGUACGGAAUUGUUACCGUCAGAGUUUAUUUUCAGAAAGUGAGAGGAGGGACCGUAGGUCUUUUCGGAGUGACACCAACGAUUGUGUCUUUCCUAGUCUGUCCUAGGAGCUGUGUAAAGAAGCCCAGGGCUCUUUUUACCUUCAACACUAGUAGUAUUACGAGGGUGGUGUAUUUUCCCCUCCAUGGCAAGGACAGGGAGCGUCGCUUGGGAUGCCCGGCCACUCGGGAGGCUUGCCAGACGCCAUGAGCAGUCAGCAUUAAUGAAACUCAUGUUUAAACUUCUCUGACCACAUUGUCAGGAUAGAAUUCUAACUUCAGUUUUCCAAAGACCUUUUACGCAUGUCAGCAAUUCAUGGGGCACACGUGAGGCUCUUUACCCAUUUGAGUUUUCCACCGCAGCCACGUGGCCGGCCCUGGAUUUUGGAGCCUGUAGCUGCAAGGAACCCAGGACCCUUGUUGCCUGGUGAACCUGCAAGGAGGGCACGAUUUCCUGACCAAGACAGCCAGUCUUGACUCUCUUUCUUUUCAACUGUAACUGACAGUCACGUCUUACUGGUGACUUAUUUUCUAGCACCUGAAGCCACCAGUUUCAUUCCAAAGGGUAUCAGAUUCAGACCUGUGGGCAGACAUUCAGAUACACUGUGCUCAGGAGGGUCCCAGAGCCAAGUUUCGAAGUUUGGUAAAGUUUACAGGGUAGCUUCUGAAAUUAACUCAGACUUUUGACCAAAUGAGUGCAGGUUCCUGGAUUCACUUGGUCACGGGGCUGCUGAUGGUCAGCUCUAAGACGGUGGUUUGAGAGCAGGGCAGAAGGUCUUGGGACUUGUUUGACUUCCCCCUCCCUAGUGGCCACUCUGCUCUGAAGCCCAGAUUGGCAAGAGGAGCUGGUCCAUUCCCCGUUCAUGGCACAGAACAGUGGCAGGGCCCAGCUAGCUGGCUCUUCUGGCCUCCUUGGCCUCAUUCUCUGCACAGCCCUCUGGGGAUCCUGCCACCUGCCCUCUUACCCCGCCAUGGCUCAUGGGGAGGAAUGCAUCAUCUCACUUUUUUUUUAAGCAGAUGAUGGGGUGACAUGGACUGCUCGGUGGCCAGGUUAUCAUUGGGGGGCUUAGUUCUAAUCUCAUUCAAAUGGAGACAUCCUCUGUGCAAAGGCCUGGCAAGGGGAGGCACAUUUCAGCUGUCAGCUCACUCCAGCUUCACAAAUGUGCUGAGAGCAUUACUGUGUAGCCUUUUCUUUGAAGACACACUCGGCCCUUCUCCCUGGCAAGUGUCCAGGGCAGAUGGCGGAGGAUCUGCCUCGGCGUCUGGGGGCGGGACCACAUCAGGGAGGGAGCCUUCAAGGGCUCUCCCUGUGGGUCCUUGGACCUUUAGCUUUUUUCUUCCUUUGCAGAGGCCUUGGGGGCACUGGCUGGGAGUCAGCAAGAGAGCACUUUAUAUCCCUUUGAGGGAAACCCCGAUGACGCUACUGGGCCUUUUGGCGUCUGCCCUGCCCUCACGGCUUCCCGCCACGCCACAGCGUGCCCACGCCCCACCAGCAGACGGCUGUCCCCAAGGCCGUUGCCCGCUGGGACUGGCCGCCCCUCCCCAGCAUCCCAGGGCUCCGGUUCUGGAGGGCCAUUUUGUCAAGGUGUUUCAGUUUUUCUUUACUUCUUUUGAAAAUGUUUGCAAGGGGAAGGACCAUUUUGUAAUGGUCUGAACAAAAGCAAGUUUGAUUUCUGCAGCACUAGCAAUGAACUUUGUUGUUUUUAUUUUUGAUCAGAACAUUCCUUCUUUACUGGUCACAGCCAUGUACUCAUUCCAUUCUUCUUUUUGUAGACUUUGGGCCCACGUGUUUUAUGGGCAUUGAUACAUAUAUAAAUAUAUAGAUAUAAAUAUAUAUGAAUAUAUUUUUUUAAGUUUCCUACACCUGGAGGUUGCAUGGACUGUACGACCGGCAUGUCUUUAUAUUGUAUACAGAUUUUGCACGCCAAACUCGGCAGCUUUGGGGGAGAAGAAAAAUGCCUUUUUGUUCCCCUCUCAUGACAUUUGCAGAUACAAAAGAUGGAAAUUUUUCUGUAAAACAAAACCUUGAAGGAGAGGAGGGGGGGAAGUUUGCGUCUUAUUGAACUUAUUCUUAAGAAAUUGUACUUUUUAUUGUAAGAAAAAUAAAAAGGACUACUUAAACAUUUGUCAUAUUAAGAAAAAAAGUUUAUCUAGCACUUGUGACAUACCAGUAAUAGAGUUUAUUGUAUUUAUGUGGAAACAGUGUCUUGGGGAAACUACGCAGAAUUCAGAGUGAACUGCCUGUCUCUCUCGAGUUGAUUUGGAGGAAUUUUGUCUUGUUUUGUUCUGUUUCCUUUUAUCUCCUUCCACGGGCCAGGCGAGCGCCGCCCGCCCUCACUGGCUUUGUGAUGGUUUAUUCUGAUUGAGAACCGGGCAGACUCAAAAGAGUCCCCUUUUCCGCACAGCUGUGUUGACUUUUUAAUUACUUUUAGAUGAUGUAUGGCUAAGAUUUCACUUUAAGCAGUCGUGAACUGUGCGAGCACUGUGGUUUAAAAUUAUACUUUGCAUCGAAAGGAAACCAUUUCUUCAUUGUAACGAGGCUGAGCUUGUUCUUAGCUCGGCCUUACUUUGUCUCUGGCAUUGAUUAAAAUCUCCUAUUGAAAGAAAAAGAAAGCGAACAGUUUUUGUUUGUUUGGGUUUUUUUUUGUUGUUGUUUUUUUGUGUUUUUUUUUGCUGUGUGUGCUCCAUAGUGGGGGCGCUAUUUUCCAGUUGAUGAGAAUGACAAACAUACAUAAUCUAUCUAUCUGUAACGGGGGCUUGAACCUUAAUCACCCAAGAGCUUCUUACGGAAUGUGGUAGAAAACAAAGUUGUAACGACACUGUAUCCCACUUGAUGCCUGUUCGCGCCUGGCGUGGGCUCCGCACUGGCCGUGACCACCAUUCUCUGUGAUUUAAUCCCUUUCUCUUGGAUUGUCUGGAUGUGCCCAAUGGUUCUUUCUUUUGCUCAGUGGAGUUGGAGGUUUUGUGUUUGGUUUUCUCAUUCUUGUUUUGUGUGGAUGGAUUUUCACUGACCAAUGAUAUCCUCUUCUGACGGUCAACUUCUUUCCACUUCACUGGAGUCCAGUAUUCUGUACCACAUCACACGACCUGUUACUCUUGUGGUGUAAAUAAAGACUGCGUUACUUGCCCUCCCA